AUGGAAGCAUUUCUUGGAUCCUGGAAGCUCGACCACAGCGAUGGCUUCGACGAAAUAAUGGGCCGUCUAGGCGUCAAUUUCGUCACCCGUAAGGCCGGCAACACCAUGAAACCCACGAUGACAAUCACGAAGGAGGGUGAUCACUACAAGAUGGUGUCCUCCAGCACCUUCAAAACUACCGGUUUCGAGUUCAAGCUGGGAGAGCCCUUCACAGAAACCACACCAGACGGUCGAAAGGUGACCUCAACCAUAACUAUGGUGGGCAAUAUGAUGAAGCAAAUCCAAGUGGGCGAUAAGACCACAGAAAUCGAACGGAGGGUUGAGGAUCGUGAAGGUGGAGGAGCUGACGUGCCACAGGGACUUCAAGAAAGUUUAAUCUGCGACCUUCAGGAUUCCUAUGUAUAUUAUUUUAUAGCGAAAUGUCACCCAUCUUAUUAA